GGAGGCAUUAAUGAAACCUUAGUGGAUGCUUAUAGUUUCGCUUUACAAAGUGAUGACUAUAAAAGACACUUCAGUUAUUAUAUACCAUCAUAUUUAGAUGAUCUCUUUCUCACCUCGUCGAGGAUAUACAUUAAAACGUGAAUAGUUUGGAGCGCAUGUUCAGAACCAUAUCAAAUUUACAAACCAACCAUUCAUUGCGAAGGAUCUUAUUUUGGAGCGCAUGUUCAGCACCAUAUUUAAUUUACAAACCAACCAUCCAUUGCGAGGGAUCUUACUCUGGAGCGUCAAACUACUGGGGUCGUGCAAAGUUAAGACGGAAAUCCAAAAUCAGGCAUUAUGGCUUUCGAACACCGUGUUCUUCUUCCAUUGAUCAUCUUCUUCUGUAUCCGAACCCUGCAUGGAGGUACUGUUCCCAUAACACCGUGGGAUCUGAAGAGAUCGCUCUGUCGCGAGGACGUUAAGCUGAAGGAAACUGAUUGUGAUGGCAGAAAUUUGGAUUCUGUCCCUCAAAAUCUUCCUGAAAACACUGAAGUUCUGAGGCUGAGUUCCAACAAACUCACCUCUCUCUUAAACUCUUCGUUUAAAAGAUACCCUCGCAUUACCAUAUUGGAUAUUUCCAGGAACAACAUCAGGAAGAUUGAAUCUAGGACUUUUUACCCUCUUAAAGAAUUGCAGGCUUUAAAUUUAUCUUUCAACUUUGAUUUUGUGCUUCCCGACACAGAGCUCUUCAGGUGGGCUAAGAAGCUGUCUUUUCUAGAUUUAAGCCAAUCAAAUUUGAAAUCACUCCCCAACGAUACGCUAAAAUGGAGCCCAGAUUUAGAAAGUGUAUACCUUGAAAAAAACGAUCUUACUUUCAUUAACAUCAGUAGUUGUGGCAGGGUUGAGCGUGUUUACUUGCGUGAAAAUAAUCUUGCGCACAUCACCCCGGAAACUUUCGAAUUUUCAUGUCACAGUGAGACUUUGGAUCUAACUAAUAACUCUAUAUCAUCAGUCGAUCCCAAUGUGAUCGCAUCAUUGAAUGUCAGCUCACUGUGGGUCGGGAUCAUUCCUUUGUCAUUCAAGUUGUUGAGAAAUAUAUUCAUUGGCAUCUCACGGUCGACUAUAGAGCAAUUUCAUCUCCGGUUUUGCUCGACUAUUAGUGAAAUUCCAACAGAUUUCUUUGAUACGCUGCAGGGUCAUUCUCUUUCAGUGCUUGACAUCUCUAACAACGAAAUACACGCCCUCUAUCCAUUCGUCUUCUCGAACUUGACGCGUACCAGACUACUUGAUAUCAGUUACAACUAUAUCGAAACGAUCGAACCAGAUUUUUUUGAAAACAUGCAGGAUAUCAGGGUUUUGAAAUUGGAAAAUAAUUUAAUAAAAUCUGUAAACACCUACCAGCGUCUAUGGAAAAUAGACUUAACUGAGUUGGAUCUCUCUCGUAAUCGUUUGGGUAAAGUUUCCCCAUUCGCUUUUCUCGGUUUGCAAAAUCUAACGGUUUUAGACAUGCACUUAAACAUAGAUCUUUCAAUCGUGGAAAGGAGGUCAUUUAUGGGACUAAAACAAAUUGAAACUAUCAAUUUGUCACAAUGUAAUAUCUUUGAAAUAGACUUGGUCACUCCGAGCUUAAUAUCUCUUUUCCUUAACAAUAACCCUAUUUUGUUUUGUAUGAUUCUCUAUCCCUUCAAAAGUCUACAAUCACUUGUGCAUUUGAACAUAAGAAAGACAUUGCUUGAGAAAUUUAGAGUUCCGGGAAAUAUCUCUGUUUUCGAUGGACUGGUUAGUCUGACGACAUUGGAUCUGAGUGAAAAUUCAAUCGGCUCAAUAUAUGAUUGGGGAGGUUAUUUAUCAUUUAAACCACUGUCUGCUCUACAAAAUCUCAGUUUGGAAGACUGUCAAAUAUCAUUGCUUCAUCCAUUAGCCUUUGAGGCGUUGAAAUUCCUUCGGGUGCUGAACUUAAGGGGAAACAAUAUAAAACAACUUCCUAUUGACAUAUUCAAACAUUUUGGACAAAUUACAAAUAUUGAUCUCCAUGAUAACCGUUUGACAUACCUCGAUAAAAACCUGUUUCUGAACAAUAGCAGGCUGACAACACUUUUGUUAUCAGAAAACAAAUUAACAAGACUUAACCAAAGUACUUUCAAACUGAUUGGGCCUUCUCAUACAUCUGUCGAUCUUUCAGGGAACCCACUUGAAUGCAAUUGUGAACUAAGUUGGCUUCUUGCCUGGAUUAGAGGACCACUUUUACUCAUGAACAAGAAUAUAACUAUUUGUUCGUCAGCGUCUUUAGAGCCUCUUCGCGAGAAACCGCUGUUUGAUUUUGACUCCAAAACGCUUUGUAGCCCCAACAUUGCCCUCUAUUCUUUGAUUUCCCUUGUCAUCAUGUCCUUCGUGGUCAUCGUCGUACUCGUUCAUCACAAUCGAUGGCAGUUGAGGCACAAACUCUUUCUCUUGAAAUUAGCGGCCAUUGGGUAUAAAGAGAUGCGAGACGCUCGAGACCACAAUGAUUAUGAGUUCGACAUGAAUAUCAUCUUUUACGACGAUGACGAAGAGUGGGUUCCCGAACAUCUUCUACCAACUCUCGAAGAAAGACUCCCGCAGUUUAAGAGGAACGUCUUUGGUGACAAAGACCUAGUGCCAGGUAUGCAUUACUUGGAUUCCAUUGACUACGUGGUGAGGCGGAGUUACAAGACCGUCAUUCUACUAAGCAGAGCCGCCGUGCGCGAUCGCUGGUUCAUGCUCAAGUUCCGCACCGCGAUGGACCAUGUGAGUGACACCCAGACUGAGUUCGUGGUCGCGGUCUUCAUCGAAGACAUCCCAGAUGAUGAGAUACCUUUCUUGGCGAGGUUGUAUCUCAGUGACGGCAGACCCUACCUCUAUUGGACUGAGGACGUGAGGGGACAGGAAUAUUUCUUUGAUGAAUUGACGAAAUAUCUAACGAUUAAUCUCAAAACCACUGAAUUGAUCCCUAACGAGUAGAAGAAUGUGACAAUAUGACUAUGUGGUCGUCAGGGUAAGCAGGGGUAGCCUCAAUAUCCUUAUGAGCUGAAAUGUUAAAAAUAUU